AUGGAAGAGCUUUACCAAACAGUUAAAGAACAAGUCAAGCCGGUCGAAGCAGUGGUAGAAGGCGUUAUUCCCGCCUGGCUCAAUGGAUCCUUGCUACGAAAUGGCCCGGCGAUGUAUGAGGUCGGUCCCCAGGCGUACAAGCAUUGGUUUGAUGGCUUGGGGAUGAUACAGAAUUUCAAAGUGGAAAACGGAAAAGUGACGUACUGCAGUAGAUACCUUAGAAGCGAAGCGUUCAUUCAAGCCGAGGCUCGAAAAGGCAUCGCAUACGCGGAGUUUGGAACGCCAGUGCCACCGGACCCGUGCAAGAACAUUUUCGCACGGUUCUUUUCUUAUUUCGUGCCUCCAGAACGUACAGAUAACUGCUCCGUCAGCGUUGUCUCAAUGAAUGGCCAGACCUAUGCCAGCAGCGACUCUCCGUUCCUUAUCAGCUUCGACCCUAGCAGUCUGCAGGCGCUCUCGGAGUACAAUAUAAGGAACGACUUCCCUGGUAAGACUGACUGAGAAAUACCUUCCAGUUAUUUCAUAACUUACUGAGCAAUCCAGUUUAUGAUUGAUGAACCCAAGAAUUCGAAGAGUUCAUGGUCCCCUGUCAGAGUUAGAAAGUAAAAGUAUAACAAUUGGAGGUCAAAAAUAGUAUUUAAAAUAUUUUUGUUCCUGUGAUUUCUCUCUUUUAAUUGGUUUUUUCAGAAGCCCUCCGCAGGGUCAUUCAAAGAUUAAAAUUGAAAGUGCAACGUUGACAACUUAUAACCUUUUUCAUACCCCUAGCGGAGUUGAAUAUUUUUAGGAAAAACAAAGAAACCCUAUCAUAAGUUCAACCUCCUAAUGAACAGUAACGACCUCGCCAUUUGUUUUUAUAUUUAUAAAGAUUUGACUUUCAUUUUUCUAGCACCGCAUUUCCCUGCCUCCAUCUUUUCUCCUAACCCCUUUUUCAAUUACUUCCUUUUUCUCGCUGCGUUUAGCUUUCACGUUCACCCGCUUACGGGUUUUCGGUUGCGUUUUAAAGCCGGUUUGCGGGCGACCUCAUUCAUAAAGGUAAAUUAGUCAGCUUCAGAGAAAGAGCUUUCGGUGUUUUUUUAGAUAGGACUGUGCCUUACGGUAACUAAAUUCGGAACUGGUACUGACUUGUGCCAUACCUUAGUAGAGUAGGAUAACUUGGAAUAAAUGAAUUCUAUAAGGAAAAAAAAUAAUAGAACGGAAUUCCUCUUGUCUGAUAUCCCGCCCUUAAAUCUCUUGUAGAUAGAUAUCUGUUUUAAAGAAACUGAAAAUGGCAAGUGUUAUCAAGGGAGUAAAGGUUUUUUUAACCUCUUGAGUACAAUUUAUCAUUGUCAUUUUUUAAUCCCGGAAAUUUGUUAAGUAGCAUGAUUUUAUUCACGUCCUGGGUAACUUUUGUUCGAUCUUCAUUAAUCAAGAAGGGUGGUGGCAAACAGAUAUGAGAUGAGGCACCAGAUUUGUAUGAUAAAAGAACCUUAAAGACCCUGCAUGUAUAUGUAUUAAGAAAAAUCUGAUUAAAACAUAGGGCUUUUUCAAAAUUAAUAAGAAAGAAGCUUUCAAUUAGUUUAAAAGAUAAGAUCAGAUACAUCACUUUUGAGUUCACACAUCACAAACAUCAACCUCGCGCUACUACAGUGAACAAAAGAACUGCAACAGCGAUUUUCUAGAGAAUUCACCUGUUUCGCUAAGUUGAAAAAGUUAAGUUCAAAGAGCUUGAAAAAAAAGAGUUUUUUGCUUUUGCAUUCGCAGAUUUAUCGAUUCAAUUCUCAGCUUAAUCUCAACACACAAUAUUUCACCAUAUAUCUAAGCUGACAGCCCUCAAGCCAAUUGAAUUUUUCAUGUCACUUAAAAGGCCUCUUCUCGCUUUACAGUUUAAGGCUAUACUGAGAAGAGUAAUUAGUAAAGUAGUUUCUGUCUGCACUCUCAAGGAAAAUGUACGCUCGAGAUGGGAUAAACGCCUUAAAUCUGACAGUUGGGAUCCGAUUGUAGAUCGCUUAGGAAUUUUGUUGGAGAACCAGUUUUGAAAUUGGGUAGGGACAUUACCUACUUUCAUCAGAAAUUGAAAGGGUGGAAUUACAUAUCAUUGUCUCUCCAAUAAAUGAUCGCGCCGCUAGCCGCCUUUAACACUUUUUUAUAUUAUUUCCCUGAAAGUAGUUGGAUAGUUUUUUUGAUGCGAAAGCCAAUACUGCAUGGCUCGUACCAAAGUAAAUAAAUAUGUCUUACUGUGUAACUACUCAAAUUGACAUUUUUAGUGAUACCUCUUUCGGUAAAGCUCUAGUCUUUCUUGAUCUUGUAGUGAAAAGUUAAAAUCUAGCCGUUUCAUUUUCGAUAGAACGCAGUUUUCUAACUGACUUGAAAAAUUACACCUUAAUGGAUGGGGGUCAGUGAUUGUGAUUUAGAGAUUGUUAGCUGGUUUCUAUUUUUGUUCACGAUCCCAAAAGCUGGAGAGCUUUAUUUUUUUAUCAUGAGAAACCAAAGGCUGUCUGUCUGUCGGUCUAUCUGUCUUUUCAAAACAAAUCGCUUUUCUACCUUUUGACAUGAAGCCUAGAGAAAGACCCCACUGUUCGCGCUUUUCCAAUCUCCGUCGCGAGUUUUCAUCCUCGCUUUAAGUGUCAAAUGUAAGUAAAUUUAACUAAAAUUGAACUCUUGGGAGCCACACCUUUCGGUUGACCUUUGUUUAACAAAGAGAAAGUAAAAUGGGGCGUUUUUUAGUUUAAAUCCUCCGUUGGAGACCUCUGAUAAGGAUAUUAAGCGUUGUGACCAUGCAGUGAAGGCAAGCAAAUGUACCAAAACGCGGAGGCUUCUCCUUAUUUCCUGGGGAUUUAAUGUUUUUCUUAUGAAAACUGUAGGUUUUUUGACGUUCUCGUUGUAUUACAGUGAACGCCAACUUUUAGCUACACUUUCGCGAACGUGCAUUAACAUAUUGGUCUUGACAUUCAGCGAUCAUAAACGCAGCAAGUGCUGCGAUCGAAAGUACCUCUCUGUAGAUAUAUGCCACUACUAUGCUCUUUUAUUAUAAACUGAAUCAUUGGAUAAUGUAAUUCUAGGGCUCUUAUUGGCGUAGCCAUCAUUGUAUAUGAGCCAUUAUACCAUGCUCUCCAAAUAUGGUAACUGUUCGCGUCAGCUCAAAAUUAAAAACAAGCUGAAAAUCGGUUGUUUUUACAAAUAAAGUCGGGGAGAAUUCUCGAUAUUUUGUGGGCGUUUUUAACAAAACAAUUAUUCUUCUCGCGCUUGUUGGAUAUGAGAUGAUUAUAGCCAACUCGGCGCAUCUACCAACUCAUAUCCAACGCGCACUCGUGGAAUAAUUGUUAAAUAACUUCAGCGGAGAAACAAAACAACAUCAAACAAACACAGGCUAGACCCACAGCAAAUUUUUUGCGUGAAGAUUUUGUACAGAAGCAGCUUUAAUUUUGCGUUUACAUUUAAACACUUCUCAUCUUAGGUGCGUAUCGUCUGGUUUUAAAGGUCGAAGGCGAGGCCUUACAAAGCUCUUAAAGCUUAUUUAUUCACUGAAAGAAUAUACUUCUGCCUUCCGGUCUUCCACCCAGAGGGAAAAUCCAUUAACUCGUAGCCACAGUUUUAAUCACGAUAAAAAAGGUCCAAGGUUGUUGGCACAAUUUUUCAACUAGAUUACUUACCAUCAUCCAAGGUUCUUGUACUUGAGGAAGAAACGCUCAGAUUUGUAGUGAUCAAUACAGUUAGAGAUAAUGGCAUGAUUUUAGCAAGAUGGGGUACUUAUUCAGCAGUUUUUUCAGUCAUGCCAAAGGUUACAAUCGUUUGACAGGUUGCGGCUAACCAAGCGUGCUUGCAUGUAUUCUUCUUAUUCUUCUAAAAUGGUCAAUUUACUGUCUUGAAUAACCUGUUAAUGAUUUCAAAAUGAAGCGAAUGAAGCAGGUGGGAAUAUAAGGACCUGCGUGCCGUUUCGCUUUCGACAGUCUCUCUUAGUGCUCUUCUCUAACCUUAUGGGUCCACAAAAAACCUCAACGACAAUAGCAACAAAUUAAAAAUCCAGUAAUUAUUUCUCUUUGCGAACUGAAAUUCGAUAAUUCCGUUCUGAAUGGUCAAGGGGAAAGUCUUUGCUUGUUUCUCCGGCUGACAGAAACAUGGUAAAACAAUUAAGACAAAGAAAUUCAGUAAUUGUUGUUUGUGGGUUAUCUUUCACGGGAAAGUAUUGAGUUUUUUCUUUAAACAAUAGACUAAACAGUUGCCAUUAAUAAUUUAGGGAAAUAUUUUAAGUGAUUUUUGUUUGUCAAAGGAAACGAUUGAAUUUGAUAACAAAACAGUAGGGAUUGAACAGUGGGAACCGAUUAUUGUCUUUGUUUCAUAAACAUGAUCAUCCGGAAGAACUUAGCAAGAAAAAUGAUAUAGAAUCAUUCGUUGUGACCUGCGUGAUCACGAAUUUAGUCUUCCGUGUACAGAGGUUAUGACUGAAGACGCCUGAAAUCCUGAAUAGUCUGACUAAACCUCCGGUGAUGAGCAAGUGAACAAGGGACGGAAAUUCAGUGAACCACAAUUACUCACAAAUUUGAGUCGCGAAAAUCUUGAAAAUGAAAGCCACAAAUGUGUCUAAAGUUUAGGAAGACCUUUCCUCUACCUCCGGCUACCCCCGGUUCCUGUUUUAAUGAGUUUUACAUAAAAUACGACAUACAUUCCUCUUACUGAUCAAACUAUCAUAGAGAGAUUUCCUGUUCAGGUGUGUUGGUCAAUGAAUUCAUCAUAAAUGAAAGACUAAUGAAAACUGGACAUACUUAUUGGGAAUUGUAGCGGAGAUGAACAAUUUUGACCUUUAAGGGAAUAUUAAACUAUUCAAUGGAAUGAAUAUAAUGAGAGGAAGCCCGCGUACUGAUAAAUUCAUUAAAAGAACAUCAUUUUGAACUUAGUGUUAAUUGGUUUAAUGUUAUCGGCUCGUUUGUGAUAUAAGAAAAGAUCUUCUUUCCGGUUAACCCGCCGGCUACAGGAAGGCAUGAUCGUAGGCUUCUUUCGAUUCCGGUCGAACAGAUUACAUUCUACCCUCUCACGUGCGGCAUAUUCACAAGCAAUAACUACACUUCUGCCACUUUUACACAUAAAUUGUAUGUCUCUCUCAUCCGCAGCUCUAAACGUAUAUUAACGGCAACUUUGACAUUGUUUAACAAUAUUUGCGUUUUGGCUUUGAUCCUAAAGAAAUAAAACACAGACUUUGUAAAAGGUUGAUAACAGAUUUUUAUCUAAGGCAGGCGAACAUGAUGUGAUUAAAUAAAUAAUAAAUUAAACAAACUAAAAGAUAACAUUUUUUAGUUCAAAAAGCGCGCAUGCAAGAAAAUUGUAAGAAAUUAGCUAUUCUUCCCGGCACCAUAGUGUAGAUGGGGGAAAAAACGUAACAGAUCCGAUAAAAUCAGCCUGAUUAGAGCGGCGACCUUAUUUGAUCGUUUAACAGGAAAAAGGGCUUUUAUUGUACGAUAUUUUUAAAAAUAUUUUAUGAUAGUCAUGUUCUUCCGAACGUCUACUCAAAAAUGUGAAGUGGCGUUGAAAUUCCUUUUUUUUCCUCCCUUCAAGAGACUUAAGAGUAGAUUACGAUGAUAAUAACUGAUUAGCGGAGUGUUAAAAAAUUUCACAAAGACAAUACAGGUGUGAAAUGAUCUUCAGGAAACAUUUUUUUUUAAGGUGGAUGUUUGCCAAGUUAUAUAAUCCUGUGUUUUAAUAAAAAUUUUUAGCCCACGAGACACUUGCCAAAACAAACCAAACAUCUUAAGUGAUAAAAUUAAUCCUACCCAGAGAUUAGACUUAAAGUUUGUUGUUUUUAUUCACUGAUAACACAUUUUGUUCAUUUUCCCUUCCUUUUUCCUUCCCUCUUUUAGAAUUCUAAAGCCACAUCGAUUUCAAAAAAAACAACAAACUCAUUAAAAGAACUUUAUACAAGGUUAAAUGUCUCGGCGGGCUCGGUGGCUUUGUCCGAGUUGAGUACGAAAACGUGCUAUAAAGUCUGUAAGACUGCGAGUUUCUUAAAAAAUUUACACAUUUAAUUACGAGUUAUUCUUAUUUAAAAUAUUAAUUAAAGAAAUGAAAAGUUUUUUUAAAGCGUUUUGCACAGUCGUAAUACGCACUUUAUAUAAAUCUUAGAAACGGGCCGCGCUACAUUUUACGUUAGUGGACAGACUCGCUUGCUCCUUUUCAGAAAACGAAAUAAAGGAAUCCAUUGCUUUUGCAUGUUACGUAUUAUGGAAGAUGACACAAGUGCGUCAUAGUAAUGUACAUUGAAACCCCUAUUAAGGGACUCUCAAUUAAGCGGACACCCUCUAUCAAGCGGACACUAGGCCGGGUCCCGAAACUAACGUCUUAUAUUUUCCUUUAUAACGAACCCCUAUUCAGCGGACACCUUUAUUAAGAGGACUCGGACACUAAAAUAAAUUGUAUUUGGCUAAUUGCUAUUGUUAAAAACCUCUAUCAAGCGGACACCGGACUGAAUCAACAAUAGUAGUAUUGGAUUACGUCCUUGAAAUACGCACUGUAGUAGAUUAAUAAAAAAAAAUUUAGCUGUUAAAAGUCCACCUAAAAGUCUUGCACUAAAUAAGUACAGCACAGCUUCGUUGACAACAUGGAACUUUAUCACAGUUCAGAGAACCGUUGAAUGUUAAUCGUUAACAAACAUUGCGCAAUUUUUGCAAACCUCUAAAAUGCGGACACACUCUAUUAAGCGGAUACUUGGGAAGGUCCCGAAGGUGUCCGUCCGUUUAAUAGAGGUUUAAAUGUACCUUUUACUUAUCAGUUACCAUGAACUCACGCAGUAUGUAGACAGAAAUUAAACGGAAAUGACUGAUGUCAGAAAAGAAGGGGCCGAUAAGUGUACUUAUGAAAACUCCAUGAUGAUUGAACUUGGCACUUCAGAUCAGACAAGUCUGUCGUUGUCUCUCACAAUUUGAAGAUUUUACGUGAUAAUUUUUAAUUACACUGACAAAAGGAAAAAAUGAAUCGCCAUGCUCCAAUAUUGUCUCAGAUUCUGGAAAACAUGUCCAUGAAAAAGGUUUGAAGAGAAAAGUUUACCGCUCAUACAAUACACACCUCUUAGUGCAGGUUAACUCAAUUGAAAAGAGCGAAAAAUGGAACUAAAUUAUGCUAGUCUGGGUGAAUUUCAGUGUCUAGGAAAUAAACAGGGUUUGUACUCUUUUGAUCCCUUCAAAUUCCAUGACUCCAUGACUUUUCCCAUGACCUUAGUUUUAGCUGCCACUUUGGAAAUUUUCAAAACUAUUCUUAUUUUGGUGAUAGUUUUUUUUCCUACAGAUGUAAUUCAGUUCAGAGGACACAACCUCUGGUGUCCACCAAAACGCACUUCAUACGCGCUUUUUUAUUACGUGUCUCUACCUUAUUUUGUCCUAGCUUUGAUAUCUGCAGUAACUAAUCUACCAAACAUUACAUCAAAUUUUCCAUGACUUUCCAUGACCAACAAUUGAAUUCCAUGACUUCCCAGGCCUGGAAAAUGAAAUUCUUAAAUUUCAUGACUUUCCAGGUUUUCCAUGACCUGUACGAACCCUGAAUAAAAGUGAUUUUUUUAACGUUCUUUUUCACAAUUUUUUUUCUAGUUUAUUUGAAGCUUAUCCUUUAUUCUUAGUGUUCCUAUUGUUAAUCUUCCAGGCCCCGUGCGCAUGUUCUCGAUGACGCCGCACCCACACGAGGACGAAGAAGGUAACGUUUACAAUGUGGCUGUGUCCCUCAAAAAAGGAACUCGAUACAACAUCACACGGGUACCACCUAGACCUCCCACGCCCAGAGACCAAGGAGAGCCUGCUCAUCCGCUCCAAGACGUAAACAUUGUGUCGACAUUCGUCCCGAAAAACCGCCUCUGCUACUACCACAGUUUCGCCAUGACGCCUAACUACUUUGUGUUCAUCGAGAAUCCGUUCAUUGUAAAUGUCUGGGCGCUGCUGACUAUGAAAAUAAAAGGAAGGUCGUUUCACGAGUGCAUGCAGUGGGACAACAAACAACCUUCUCGGUUUUAUGUGAUCGAGCGCAAGACGGGUAAAGUGAUCGCGCUUUAUAAGACGGAGAACUUCUUCUCCUUCCAUCACGUAAACGCUUACGAGACAGACACUGACAUCAUCAUGGACGUGUGCUGUUACCCAGACGCGCGCAUAGUGAACCAGUAUUAUCUGCACCACCUCCGUACCAAACCUGAACACGAGAUCAGCAAGGGGUUUCCAGACGCCGCCUUACGCCGCUACCGGCUCCCCAUCCCCACCGGCUCCACAGUGAAGAAAACCUGGCAGACGCUUCCCAAGUAUUCGGAUGGUCGCGACCACAAGACUUUGUAUUAUGGCGUGGAGCUUCCACAGAUCAACUACCGGUUUGCUAAUGGCAAACCCUACCGGUACAUGUACGGGGUGGGACCACACAAGCAGGGUGACUUCCUGAAUCAGCUGAUUAAAGUGGAUGUCCUUGGCAAGGAAGCGAAGAAAUGGCAUGAGCCGAACUGUUACCCGUCUGAACCUGUCUUUGUUGCCGCUCCUGGAGCUGAAGCUGAAGAUAAAGGCGUGAUCAUUUCCUCUGUAGUGGGAGUUCGUGGUAGAAAGUCGUUCCUUCUAGUUCUCGAUGCUUCCACGUUUCGUGAGGUGGCGCGUGCAACGGUGAUGUGUCCCAUGGCGCACUCGCUGCAUGGUAUGUUCAGACCAAGAUCACCAGCUUUUCUUGGACAGUUGCGAAAAGCCUGGCCUGAGGCAAAAUAG